UGAGCAACUGCCAUUUGGUUGUGUCUCUCUCUCUCUCUCUCUCUCUCUCUCUCACUUCUGAAACCUUUGUUCAUCACUCUUUUUUGUCAAACACUUCUACUCAUUGCUUCACUCAAAACUUUCCAGAUCGAUGUUUUUCUCUCUCCGACGAACAAAGGACUGAAAAUUUUGAUUGGAUGGUUUGUUUUCCGUACUGCUGAUAUGAAGUGAAUUGUUAACAGUGAUAAUUGAUAGAUGGGGAUUCAGACAAUGGGGUCUCAAGGUGGUGGAGAUGGUAGUGGAAAACGGUCACAACUCCACUCUCUUGUGCGGCAAAAUUCAGUGUACAGUCUCACACUUGAUGAAGUUCAAAAUCAAUUAGGUGACUUAGGGAAGCCACUAAGCAGUAUGAACCUAGACGAGCUUCUAAAAAAUGUAUGGACUGUUGAAGUGAACCAGUCCACGAAUACGGACAAUGAAGGCACAGCACAGUCUAGUGAAGCUUGUCUACAACGUCAAGCUAGUCUGGCAUUAAAAGCUGCUUUCAGCAAGAAGACUGUGGAUGAGGUUUGGAGAGAUAUCCAACAAAAGAAAGACAGCGAGGAAAAGAAGUCACGAGAGAGACAAACUACUUUAGGAGAGAUGACAUUGGAGGAUUUCUUGGUGAAAGCAGGUAUUGUUGCAGAAGCAUCUUCUAAUAAAACGAAUACCGAUACUACGGCUGCGGCCGAUUCAAAUGUAGCAGUAUCACAGUUUCCUUCGCAGGGUCAAUGGAUACAGUAUCCACAACCACAAUAUCAGCAUCUACAACAAAGUUCCAUGGGGAUUUAUAUGCCUAGCCAGAGUAUGGCACAGCCGUUACACAUGGGGUCGGGUGUUUCAAUGGAGAUUCCGUUUGCAGAUAGUCAUAUGGCAUUGGAUACGCAGAUGCCUGGAAGAAAAAGGAGCACUCCGGAGGAUAUGGUGGAGAAGACUGUUGAGAGAAGGCAGAAAAGGAUGAUCAAGAAUCGGGAAUCUGCUGCCCGUUCAAGAGCACGGAAACAGGCUUACACAAAUGAAUUGGAGAUUAAAGUUUCACGCCUGGAAGAGGAAAAUGAAAUGCUGAGGAAACGAAAGGAGCUAGAGAAUAUGUUGCCUUGUGCACCGAUUGCUGAACCUAAAUAUCAGCUACGCCGAAUAGCAUCCUGUCCAUUCUGAGAUCUUUGUACCUAUAAGUAGAGGUUUGUAGAUAUGAAAAUCAGGGAAUGUUUUCUUGUAGUUCAAUGUUUGGCUGACACCUGCCUUUUGUUAUCUCUGGAAUACUCUGUUAAGUUCUUAAGUAAUUAUAGCUAAUGUUGUAGUUUUAUUAUUCAUUA